CGCGAAAGAGGGUCACUGCAGGCCGGCGCAAUAAACAGUCACCUUAUGCAAUUUUGUACCGCAAUAAGAUGAGUAUCGUGUAGAUAAACACAACAGUUGCGCAGCAAAAACGAAUCGAAAUGAACGCAAUCGUGCAGAGACGCAUUGGAUUGUGCUUUUCGUCGCUGCUUCAACGCCGUUUGUUGUCGAGCGCGGCACCAAAUGCAGCUGAUGCCAGCUCGGUGCAGCUGAGCAACACCUGCAUCAACCGGCUGAAGGAGAUUUGCAAACAAAAUUCGUUUCUACGUGUUGCGGUAGAGGGAGGAGGCUGUUCUGGCUUUCAGUACAAAUUCUCCGUUGAAAAGCAGCUCGGCGAAGAUGACAUUAUCGUGAGCCGUGACGGUGUGCAGGUGGCCAUCGAUAGUGCUUCGAUCGAGUACCUGUCCGGGGCUACCAUCGAUUACCACACCGAGCUGAUACGUUCCGGGUUUCGUGUGAUUAACAAUCCGAAAGCGGACCAAGGAUGCUCGUGUGGUGCCUCGUUCACGGUGAAAUUGGACUAGCUCCUAAGGUGUAAAUAUUGAUGUUUUAAAAAAUAAUGUAAAAUAUAAUCAACGCGUUCAAUAUUUA